AUGAGCAGCCUGGCCGCCCUCCGGGAGGGCUACCAGCGCUUCGACCCCCGUGCCUACCUGCAGAACAACUACCUGCCCCCCCGGGCCGACUUCUCCUCCGAGGAGUUCGUGGUGCCCUGGAAGCUGCGAUGUCUGGCCGAGACCUUCGCCAGCGGUGAGAUCCGCGGGCGCACGCUGAUCGACGUGGGCUCGGGCCCCACCAUCUACCAGCUGCUGAGCGCCUGCGACCACUUUGAGGAGAUCGUGGCCACCGACUACCUGGCGGUGAACCGGGAGGAGCUGGGGCGCUGGGCGCGGGGGGAGCCCGGCACCUUCGACUGGAGCCCCUUCAUCCGGCACGUCUGCAAGAUCGAGGGACGCGGGGAGCCCUGGCAGGAGAAGGAGCGCCGGCUGCGGGGCCGGCUGCGGCGCAUCUUGCCCAUCGACGUCCACCGGCCGGACCCACUGGGCGCCCCACUGCGCCCGCCGGCCGACGCCCUGCUCUCCGCCUUCUGCUUGGAGGCCGUCAGCCCCGACCGCGACGCCUUCGCCCGGGCGCUGGCGCACGUGGGCUCGCUGCUGCGCCCGGGGGGCCACGCGCUGCUGCUGGGGGCCCUGGGGGAGUCCUUCUACCUGGCGGGGGCCGCCCGCCUGCCCGUGGUGCCGCUGGCGGAGGACGACGUCCGCGCGGCCUUGGCCGGCGCCGGCUUCGCCCUCCGCGACUUCCGCUCCUACGCCAUGCCGCCCGCCCUCCGCACCGGCGUGGACGACGUCGACGGCGUCUUCUUCGCCCACGCGCAGAAGCCGCUGGAGGCCUGA